UACAUUAUAGACAGUAACAAGUUAGAAUCUUUAGGUUUUGAAAUGUCCCAGAAAAUCUUAAGAAAGAAACGUCAAGCUGCCACCAGGACUGUGCCUGUUGAAACAAUAAGAACAAGAUUGAAAUCUUCACAAGUAUCACAGCAGCAAAAAGUAUCAUCUAAUGAAAUAACCACUAAGGUCAAUGAGACAUAUAUGAAAAAAACUAAAAAUAUUAAAUGCAAAGGCAAAGAAAAACAUCAGGAAUUAGAAGAAACAGAAAUCAAUAAAGAAUUCUAUCCUGACAAAUUGAAAAGAUUAUUCCAGAAAAAGGAGAUAGUUUUAAAACCUAAACCAACAUACAAACUGGUUGGUGGGCUGAACAGUAUUAACAAGAGAAAACUGCGGAAACCAAUAAAGGAAAUCGCAGUAGAACAGGAAAUUGUUUUUCAGAAUCAAUAUGCUGAAGAUUCAAACACUUCUGAAAAUACUAUAGAUUUAAUCUGCUUAGAUGACAGCGAUGAUAGCCUGGAUGAAGAAGACCUGAUGGAGAUUCUGACGUGCGAAAGUCCAGUCUGGUGGGAAGAUCCGCCAGAUGAGUGUUACGAUGAAGAACCACUUUCAAUAACAAUGAAUGAUAGAAAUUAUAAUAUCAAAAUUAUGGACAAAAAUAUAAGUUGUAACACUAAAGAACGUGCACAAAAUAGAAAUCAAGAAACAAAAGAUUCUUUUUCACAUAAAAAAAAUAAUUUAAAAGAAGACAAGAAUUUUGUUACCAGGCAAAAUAAAUUAGAGUCUUUGUUAGGUAAUAUAAAAAAUAAGAAAAGUAAUGAAAACACAUUAGAAAAUGCAAAUAAUAAAAGAAGCAGCAGUUCACAUGAUGCCACAAGACAGAAAAAGACAUCAGAGAGUUUUGAUGAGGCAGUUUUGGAUGAAGAGUUUCUGAAAACUUUAGAAAACAUGGAAAUACCUGUUGAAAACACAGAAAAAGUAUUCCCAGAUGUUAAAGAUGCAUCAGUUUCCUUUGAAACAAAGAAAGAACUCUUAGAAAUCCAUAGAAGACAGAAAAUCAAUACAGAAACAACAUUAAGUACCAAAAAUGAAUCUGAAACGUCAAGUAAUAAUCCCGUUAAAGGAUUAACAAUUAAAAAAUGUGAUAUUAAGCAGUUCAAACCAAAACUGAACAAGAAGAAUGUUGAAGCUAAUCAAAAAGUACAAAGUAUAGAAAAAAUUGAUCAAAAUAAAAUGCUCUUCCUGAAAACAUGGUCAGAGCAAUGUGAUAUGAAAGUGUUGAGCAAUAAUAAAAGAAACACAGAAGUAAAUCGAAGCCAACCCGAGCUCAGCCAAACAGACAAUACCGUUUCAGGGCUAACCAUUAAGAACUUUAAUCCAAAUUCAUUGCAGAAGACAGUAAGAAAAAAAAAUAGAAAGAGGAAGAGUAACAUUAAUGUAAGUAACGAAGAACCUAAGAAGAAGACACAGAAGAAAAGUACAUUAAGCAAAAAUCCAAAUGGAGACGAUGAAAUAACAGUUUAUAAAAUUGUUACUGAACAAGAAAGCCAGGAAAAUAAUGAUACAAAGACAGAAUCAAGUAAAACAUACAAUACUCAGCUGAACUCCUAUUAUAAUCAGUGCAAAAAUAUAACUAAGAGUAGGAAAGAUACAGACAACAAAACAGGUGAUAGCGAUAGAAGUAUUUGCAAUAACAAAACAGUAAAAUCCAUACCCGUCUCGAACAACGAAACUGUAAAAUAUUGUCUACAGUGUUCCUCAAUAUUCGACAAUGACACAUGUAACUAUUGUGCAAAUAAAUCAAAUAGUGAUGCUAAACUAGGUCCAAAUAAAUUAAAAACAGAGGAGUCAUGAUUAGAAAAGAUUUCUAGAGGGUUUUGUACAGUUGUGAAUAGUUUACUACAAGGCAUUCCUUUCGUCGCCAAUGUAAUGAAGAGGAAAGACAAUUUUUUGUUAUGAAAUAAACCAUAAAACGGGCAGACAGAUCACCUGAUGGUAAUACCAUGUAGUAGUCACCGCCCAUAUUUACGCGCUAUACCGAGAUGACAACACCUCUACUAAUGUUGCGAGUUGUGUGUAAAUUUUGAGCAAGUCUCGGUCCUUCAGUUACGUCACAUACUCAGCGAAAAACCACAUCAGCGCUAGAUUUUUGUGCGACUCUGCUGUCGAAACGUGAAGCAUGUCAGUAUGUUGUAGAAAUUGAUUAAAACAAAAUAUCCAAAUCAAAAUUAAUUGCUUAAGGAGAUUGUAAUAAAUAGGUUUUGUAGUCAUUUUCUAGCGCAAAAUGGUUAAGAUCCAUUCAUCAGCUGCUUAUGCUAUUGUUAUGCUAUUAUGGUCUUUAAACAUUUUUAAAAUGGUUGUGAGCUCGUAGAUAUAUUAAGGCCCCUUACUACAUUGGACGAUGAUGAUUGCCAUUAUUGCUAAGUUGUCUUAGAUAGCACCAUCAUCACAGAUCAUGGGCAAUCAUAAACGAAUAGGUCACCGUAUGGUAAUGGCCGGUUUACAUUAUUCCAAACCAGUGAUCCAAUCCAGAACUUUUUUUGCAAAAUUUCAUUCCUCUAUUUACAUUAUGUAUUCCAAUAGUAAUCAUGUGCUGGAUUGGAGUAACGUAAACCGGCCAUAAUGGUCCAUGAGCCAAUGUGAUGGGGCCGUAUUAUGUGCAUAGUAUAUUGCACAGUUAAAAGUUAAUGCAAUAUUUAGUAUUAAGUCUUUAGAAACAUUAAAAUGUAUUUGCAAAAUCAACAAUGAUCUCUUGAUAGAUGAGCUACCGAAUUGUCAGACUGGUAGAAAUUAUAAGGCGCCUUUUCAAAACAACUCCAAGUAAGUCCUAAAUAAUAGGAUGUCAUUGUAUAUAGUUUUAUUGUUAAAGUUUAUGUUAUUAUGUGAAAACGUAAGUGGGUUAGUACGAGUAACAAUUUGA